GAAUAGCCCGGCUGUUUACCUGACGUCCGUGACGCCGCUGACGUGCCGCCUCGCGGCUCCAAAUCCAUCUUUCAUUGGGCGAUGACGAGACAACGCCACUUUAUUACAAAUAAAAGCGCAUGCGACGUGGACGCGCCCCGCUGGGAGUGUGUGAAAGACCACGACGACUUUUGUAGACACUCAUCAAGAAGAAGGAGAGAUGCUCGCCACUUUAGAAAGCGGCACCCGGGAAGAUGCAAGCAGCUGCACCAAAAAGUGACAAGGCAACUAACGAGCAACUCAACAAGAUUCCUACAACAAGAGUCCACAAGGAGGUGCUGAAAUCAACCAAAAACAUCCAAGUGGCAGUCCAUCGUCAGACCUCACUGCCGUCGAACCCCCUGUACAAAACCAGACUCGGGUUCCCGCAAAUUCCCAUGACUCAACAGAAAACAAUCUCGACGCCCGCCCAACAAGUCUGUGCUCGAGUUAACAAAAGCUCUUCCAGGAACAGAAUCCUCACCUCCCAGUCACAGUGCAGAACUCCAGAAUCGGUUCUCCGGGAUACCAAGCGAUGCCUGACGCCAUACGAGCAGAACGAAAUCAAGGAAUACCGCCACGUGUGGUACCUGGGAGAAAAGGCCAAGAAAAUACGACGCUCCAAAGACUCCACAUCGGCAACGGAGGGCGAGUCCUUCGACGACUCCAAAGGGUUCUACAAAGUGAGGGCUGGAGACCACCUGGCCUACCGCUUUGAGGUGCUGGGGGUGAUGGGAUCGGGACUGGCCGGAAAGGUGCUCAAAUGCAGGGACCACAAGACCAUGACACUUGUUGCCAUCAAGGUCUUUCGAAACACUGCAGAAGGUCAUAAGAUGGCACAGACAGAGUUGGACAAUCUAAAGACCCUGCAGCGACUAGACAGGACCAACAAAGCCAACAUGGUCCACAUGAAGGAGCACUUCUACUUCCGCAGUCACCUCUGCAUCACCUUUGAACUAUUUGAAAAGGACCUCCAUAAAGCCUUAGUGGAGAGUAAAUUGCGACGACUGUGUGAGACCGACAUCAGGAAAUAUGCCAUCGAUGUGCUCAAGUGUCUGAAAGUGCUCAAAGAUGUGCAACUCAUCCACGGGGACUUAAAACCGGAGAAUAUUUUGUUGGACAAGGAAAACAAUGCAGCAGUGAGUGACUUCGGAGGGAGCAUCUUUAUCAGAGGUCGGCCCACCAAUCAGACGCUGGCCUACAUGGCUCCGGAGCGUCUCCUUGGCAGGUGUUGUACCACAGCCUCGGACAUGUGGAGCCUAGGCUGCACGCUGGCUGAGCUCGACUGGGGUCUAUUUCUCUUCAAAGGAAAAGACAAAGGCGACAUUUUCAACUGUAUAACGAGGGUGCUGGGCCUACCACCAUUAGACUUGCUGGCUGCAGCGAGCAGGAAAAACUACUGUAUUGACGGCUCGGAGUCUGAAGACAAAAAGCCACCAAAAACCCCUCUGGCCACCAGACUGAAGUCGAAAAAUCCAAAGUUUCUGGACUUUAUUCGGUGCUGUCUCGAAUAUGAUGCAACAAAGCGGCUCACCCCGGAGAAGGCUUUGCGACAUCCCUGGAUCAAGCAGGCAACCAAACAUACUUAUAACAGACCAACGAUAAGCAGCUUACUGAAGAGAGAGAAGAUUCCUCCGCCAAUGUUGCAGCCGACGACGCAAUUCAAAUAAGUUCUUCAGAUCAACAAUACCGGACUGGAUGGCCACAGCCUUUUUCUUUUUUUUAGUUCCUGCCACUCCUAAAUUGACCAAUCGACCGAACAGUUCUGAGACUUUAUGACACGUUUGUACCAUGUUGCCAAUCACCAUUUGUGUAUGGGAAGUAGGUUAGGAAACUGCUUUUAAAAAAUGGUUUACAUAGUUCCAUAGUGGUUUUCAUAACAUGUCUUGCUUGACAUUGUUUCUCAAGUUACCCUAAGGAUCAAAAAUUACGUUACACUUUACACCGUCUUUUUUGAGCCUUGACGAACUUGGCUUGUUUUGAGUGGGCACUUCUGUCUCGCCACCCCCCUGCCCCCCAAAACUGCAGGAUCAUCAUCUGUAAGUAAGGAUUUUGUUACCAUGAUGCUGAUGAUGAAAGUGGAUGUUAAAAAACAGAAAAAGGAUUCAUUGAUUUAAUCCGUGGAAGAGGCACUUCGAUAUAGCACAUUUACAUCACAAGAAUGAAUGAUCGCACAAUUAAUUUCUUAACUACACAAGUCAAAUGUACACAAAAUCUCCACUUUGAACAUUGCCAUCCAUGGCUACCCCUGUGCUAAGUAUGCUAUUCUCAUCCUUAUGUUUGAAGAAUUGUCUGCUCUUGAGCAGAAAGUUGUGCUGAAUGUGCCACAAAGUGAAUUUAAAACACAAAUAUAAUUAGGAUGACAGGUCGAGGUCCCAGCGGCGGUCGGCAGGCUGCGAGAUGCGGUGAGCCUGACCCUGUGAGUUUACAAAUUGAGAGGAUGAGGUCAAUGAGCUGUCUGCCUGACAAUGAAAUGACUGAUGCCUGCAAAGUUUUAAACGAUUUUGGUUUGACUACAUUCACUACAUGAAAGGCAAUUUUGAAGAAAAUGGUAGAAGAUCAAGGUUUGAAGUGAAUUGCAAGGAUGUCAGAAGAAUGAAAAACAAACCAGCAAAUGGCUCAACACAAUCCAGAAACUUGAAUUCCAUAAAAUGGGGGACAUGUGUACCAGCUAUUUGGUAAAAUACAUUGAAAAGAACGCACAAAGGCAGAAUUGGGUAUCUGAUUAGGAUAGUGGGAAAGCGGUAUGAGCGUGUGUCUUCAUAUUCAUGUGAAUAGUGAUUUUAGGAUGUUGACAAAUGGGCUGUUUGUAAAUUGACACCACAUUACUACAUUAUGAGAUGUGCUGUGGGCUAGAGCACUACCAGCUACCUCAAGCUACGAGCAUGAGAAGCAAAAUUAAGAAAAAUGAGUGCUGCUGCAAAUCUUCAGAAACAACUGAGCAAAUUAAUGGAACAAAUGAUGGCAAUGGAAAGAAAUUUGAUGAUGGGAAAUGAAAAGGGCUCUAAGGUGAAUGGUUCAGAUUAUAUUUAAACCAAGUCAAGCUUGUGUUAGGCUAUGGACAUAAAAAUAGAUGUUUUGAAUCAAAUCUUUUGAGUCUCGCUUGGAAGUUUUGUCUGCAAAAUGCUGACAUUUCUUGGGGGUGCAUCGCUGACCCAAGGCCACAUGCAGUGUGAACAUGACUAAUGCGCAUGGCGCGUCGCCGCGGAUGCAACCGCUUUCCUUGGCGAAUGGCAGGAAGCCGCAGGCGGUGCAGGGAGAGUCAGACAUCAUCGCAUCAAGGUCCAGCACGCUUGAGUAAGCUUGUCCAUUAAUGAUAAGACUAACUUGCUCCAUUAGAGCUAGCUAAUGGGCUUUCUCUACAGCAAACCACAUUGUGUGUCUGAUCACUCCUGAAUAGGAUGAAAAGUGUAAAAUAAAUGUUCCGCCUUGAGCCUGAAACUCAACAAAUUGCCUUUGUGCUUGUACUGCAUUUUUUUCCACUGUUGAAAACAGUUCCUAGCUCCUGCAUGUUGGUUUUGUGAAAAUAUAAACCCAAACACCCAAAAGGCAUUUUACGCUGCACUUUUGGAUGACACUGUGCCUAUGCUUGAAUAGUGGCCUCUGAGGAAGUCAGUCUUUUUCCUACUGGUUGGUCUAUUAGCACUCUGAAAUCAUUCCACCAGGCCAUCUUCUAUUGGAGGCACCUGAGCCCUCGUAGCACAUAGACAAUGACUUGGUCUAUUGAUGGUGCGCUGCACGUUGCGAAGUGAUUGCAGUAAUAGUCCCCUGGUAUAUUCAGCACAUUGGCUGCUUUCCAGUCCAUUCUUUCAAUUGCAGAUUUUCACCGCCUUUCUUUCUAGAGGCAAACUUGAAACAUGACGUUUGCAUAUAAGAUAGAGGACAUAUAAGGCUCCUACAGCUGGCAAAGUGCGAAAGUUAAAAAUUGCACUUGCAGCAGUGGACUCUGUGAUCCUUCAACAGGCGGUGUACCGUUGCCAUGGCAACAAGUCUGACCCAACCAAUACACAUACUGAAGUAAACAAUUAGAAUAACUUGAAUAAUUCCUUGACCAAAUAAAAUGUCAAUGUAAAAUGUUAGAGCCAUGAGGAAAAUUUGGUUAAAUUAUAAAUGCAGCCUUUUGAAUAAUUAGAAUUUAAUAGAUGCAAGGCGUUUGGUUUAUAUUUGAUAUUUUAUUUAGAACAAAUUUAUUAAGAGCACCGAAGUAUUUGGGCUCCAUUGGUUGUCCUGUUUUUAGUAUGUUAAGAGGCUAGAUUUAUGUAAACAUCAUUAGGAAUACAGUAGGGCAUGGAGCAACACCUUUUUUUUGACCGUACUUCGUGUUUGCUUAUUUCGUACUUUAUGGGAACUGAUUUCGUAUUUCGUUUGAGUGUAUUGUAGAAGUUUUAUUAAUCCAUUUGAUAAACCCUUAAUUUGUGUUCAAGAAAAUAAAGCGAUUCAUUUUUUUUUGGAUCAACAAUGGCGGCCUCGUGUAUUCCUUGUCGUCGCCGUGGAAAGGAAAAGCCCGUCGAAGAAAAGCACGAGUCAAAAACCUACAUGCCCUGCUGACGUAGCGACAAAAGGAUAGUAAGUUGCCGCUACAUAAAAUCUUGGCCUCAAAGCUUGGCAUGGAUCAUUUUUCCACACGGGGGAAUGGUACUGCAGUUGCAUGCACCACUCUGGGUAGAAAUGAUUAUUUCACACUUUAACAAGGAAGAUAAAGUGCAAUGUGUACCACAAUUAGCAACGUCCCCCAUCCCCAACAUCGAGCUAAUUGAAUACAGCGUACCAUUGCUAAUUAGAAUAUAUUGAAAUGCCCUGCAUGUGUUCAAGGAUAUAAACCGCUUUCAACUGCUUCACUAAGUAAAUGGUAAGAAAACAGGGGUAAGAAGCACAUUCAAACACGAGAUGAUGUUAGCUGAAACUCCCGCGGAAUCUUUUAACCCUUUCAGGGACAGCGGUCGCUACAGUGGACAGCCUAUCAUGUUGCCAACUCUACUCAUUCACUGAUGCCCAUAUCACUCAACAGGCAGGGCCUUUCAAUCGAUGGAAUAUUCAGUAGAAAACUCAAUUCUAUAAACAUUCGUUAGUCGCUGCCCGACUAAAUAUUCUUCAAUUCAGGUGCGCCUGCCACGCAGCUCAUAGGAUGGUUGACCUCUGCGUGCAAAGUCAUGUGUCGCUUCCAGCGCAAAGCUCAAAUAUGUAUUUUUUUUUUGUUGUGGGCCAGUCUUUUUUUUUUUUUUACUUUAAUUCGCUUAUUUCAAGCCUUGUAGCUAUAUCACUCCUAUAAAACCACUUGAUCUUAGAAAGUGCCAUAACACUUAAGGGGCCAUAAAUGAACUCCCUACCUCUUAACCCUCUAACCAUACCUCGUGACCCCAAACCCCUAACACCUUAAGAAGUAAUUCUAAACCUAACCUUAACCCCUGAUCUCAGGCCAGGCAGACAGAUUUGGCCCGCGACAUUAUAAGCAUGCAAAUUUGUGUCACAGUUAUCACAGUGUGGCAGAAGUGCGGACAAUUUUUCUGAAAUACACAGGGAGAAAAAGAUUUCAGUGGUUGUUUAUCUCACACUUGAUGUGUGGGUAGACACUACAGAGACUCAAUAUUUGUAUAGAAGCAAUACAAUUUUUAAAGGCCCCUCAUUUUAUAUUUUUAUGGUUGAUUUUUAUUUUUCUUGAAGUGGGAUGCUUCACGUACACACACACACACACACACACACUUGCACA